CGACGCCUGGAUAGCAUUUUCUCGGCCGUUGCACUGCCCGAAACUCCGCCCUGGCCUCCCCGCGGCGCCCUGGAGGCCGAGCCCCAUGUGGGGGUUCAGGCUGCCGCGGUUCUCGGCGGUGCUGCUGCUUCUGCGGCCGCAGCUUGCUCCGGGAGGCGCCGCAUCCGGUCCGCAGGUCGGAGCCAUGAAUCUGGGCGAUGCGCGGGGCACCCCACCUACAGACAGACGCCGCCUGCAGCGCUCCACGGUGCGGGGCGCCGAUCCGCAGCGCUGUAACGAGCUGCUCCUGCUGCCGGCCGGGGAGGGAACAGAGCGCCGCGGCCUCCCCGGGGAGCGGGCUGCCGAGGAGCCGCCGCAGCAUCAUGUCCUCUACUUCCCCGGGGAUGUGCAGAAUUACCAUGAAAUUAUGACUCAUCAUCCUGAGAAUUAUCAGUGGGAAAAUUGGAGUCUAGAAAAUGUUGCCACCAUCUUAGCCCACCGGUUUCCCAAUAGUUAUAUUUGGGUAAUAAAGUGUUCCCGAAUGCAUUUGCACAAAUUCAGCUGCUAUGACAAUUUUGUGAAAAGCAACAUGUUUGGUGCUCCAGAACACAAUCCUGAUUUUGGAGCCUUUAAGCACCUGUAUAUGUUAUUAGUUAAUGCUUUUAACUUAAGUCAAAAUGGUGUGCUAUCAAACAGGAGUGUUUGGAAUAAGGAGUCUAAAACAUCUACCUAUAAGUCUAAUUCUUCUACUACUAGUAAUGGCUGCCAGGGAGAAAAAGAAAGGACCUGUGAAAAACUUGAUGAGUCUGCCAUGAGUUUUGAUCCACCAUCAUUAAAUGGUGCAUCAUUUACUUUGAUUGGAUUCAGUAAAGGCUGUGUUGUUUUGAACCAAUUGCUCUUUGAAUUGAAAGAAGCCAAGAAAGACAAGAACAUAGAUGCUUUCAUCAAGAGCAUAAGAACAAUGUAUUGGCUGGAUGGUGGUCAUUCUGGAGGAAGCAAUACUUGGGUUACAUAUCCAGAAGUCUUGAAAGAAUUUGCACAGACAGGGAUUACUGUUCACACCCAUGUAACACCUUAUCAAGUACAUGAUCCAAUGAGAUCCUGGAUCGGAAAGGAGCACAAGAAAUUUGUUCAGAUACUUGGAGAUUUGGGUAUGCAGGUGACUAGCCAAAUUCAUUUUGUAAAGGAAACUCCUUCCAUAGAGAAUCACUUCAGAGUUCAUGAAGUAUUCUGAGAACAUGAAUGUACUUGUUUAUUAGGAGAACAUAAGUACUUUUUAAAAGUGUUAAAAUUCAGAUGAUGAGAUGUAAGAUGUACUUCAUUAGAUGCACUGCGAGUUUGGGAGCAAGGGAGGAGCAUACAUUCCAAAAAUAGGAGUGUCAUAUAUGGUAGGAGUCCUUGCUUGCAGAUGUCAGCACUUUGAAAUUUUAAUUGGGUUAGAAUUAAUUUGAAGUCUUUUGGGUGAUUUGUGAUAAUUCUAUGAGACCACUAAAAUGAAAGAAAUUUGAUGAUGCAGUCUUUUGAAAAGCUAAUAAAGUUGUUAUUGGGAAUAGCUGAUUUUCUGAGUAACGUUUUUAACUAAUUUUAGUAGCUGUAAUCGGCUUUCUUGGCACUUAAAGUUGACUAGAAACAUUUCAUUUCUUUGUACAAAGCACAGGUGUCCCUGAUGUAUCCUGCUUCUUGUGUUUUGUAAACUCCUGGGUUUUUUUGGGUUUUGUUUUUAAGAGUCAAAUAUAUUUAUUUCCAUGUGUCCAAGAACAUGCAGGAGUAUAAAGUUGGUUUUAAAAGCGUAUUGCACUUAAGCACUGUAACUUAAUUUUUAAUUGACAGUUUUUAAUUAUUUGUUAGCAUCCUCUCAAAAAGGAGACAGAUUCCACAGACUGAAAUCAGUGUUUCUUCAGAAACAUGAUUUUGUCUGCCAAGAGAAAAUAGCUUUCUUUGGCCAAAAUGCAAAAUUACAUUGCAAUAAGAAAGGGUACAAUGGAAAGUUCGAAGACACAAAUAAUUUAAAUUCUGGCUCAGAAACUGAAUUUGCUUAACACUGCUACAUAAUUUGGGUAAAGUUUCCUUCUGCCCAUUUUUCUUGACUAAAUACAUUUUGAAAAACAAAAAAUGUAAUGACUUUUAACCAACAUUGGAACAUGUGUAUAAAAAAUGAUCAGUCACUUUUCUUUUAUGAAUAACUAGCUUUCCAGAUGGUGAAAUAACCAAGCAGGGGAAUAACAUGCUGCUUUAGGACUGAAAUACAGACAGUAAGAUUAUUAUCUUAAGGACCAAGCAAACCUAAGUUUAUUAAACAAUGUAGAAAGUGUUAAUUUCUUGUUUUCUUCACAAGAUUGUAUUUUAAUCAUCCUAUAAACACAUUCCAAAUAUUCAUGCUCAUAAGGAUUCCUUCAGACCAGGUGCUUAAAAAUCAACAUGGCUCUAGCUACUACAGAAGAGCGUCUGAGCUUUUCAUAAGCAAGGCAGUUUUGUAUUACUCCACUUCGAAUAUCUGUUCUUUUGUGACCAACACAUCACAGAAACAAGUCGCCUCGUUUCUAACUUUUUACGUCGUAUCUUUAAACAUUGAUUGGAUGGCCAUAUUCAGUUUGUUUAGUAACCCUUAGUUAUAUUCACAUGUAUCACUUAAUGUGAAAUAGAUGAAUAAUGAAUAUUCAGAGGGAGAAAAAAAGGCUUUUUACAAGAAUAACUGAAGUGGAAAGAUAAUUUAAAAGAAUUCAUUUUAAAAGUCUCAGUUCUUCACCUCUCCAUUUAUGUAAGUGGUCAAGUGUUACAUGUUAAGUUGAUAUUAACUCCCUGGGCACCUAGAACUGCCGUCAUCGCCUUCAUCUCAUGAGACUGUUGUAAAGCAAAAAUAUUUUUGUAAUAAUGUAUUUGAGUUAGAGCACACACAAGUUUCUUUUUAAUAUUUCAGGUUGGUUCUUUUUGUUUCAUGUAAAUGUGUCCUCUUAGAUUGUGCCUUUGUAAUGAGUCACCCAGAAAAGUGAUCCUAGAAAUGUGAUGCUACCACAGCAUGAUUGUAUAACUGUAUUAAAAUUAAUAAUCUCCAAAAAUG